AUACAAAACAACAACAAAAACAAUAAAUUUUUGUAUUUUUCUUUUAUAUUUUUAUCUUUUUGGUUUAUUUAAAGAAUUAUUGUUUGAAUAUUUUAUCAAGAUUUCACGCAUCCAAGCAGUUCCUAAGUAAAUCUAGCUUCUACAUAAACGUUACAACGAGGACAAUGGUAUAGCUUGGAAAAAAAUGCAUUUUUUUCAUCUGUUAAUAUGCCUGAUUUUGAUAUCGCCAAUUUGGUCGCUUUUACCGCCAGACGACAGCAGUUGCAACAAUCAAUGCUUCCACCAACCACCUGAAGCAUGUCCAUCUGCUGAAAGCACCUGCAGAUGUCGCCGAUUACCGAACUGUCAAAAGGCCGCUAUCUGUUGCAAUGUUAAUUACUUUACACUCAAGGAGGGACUAGCUUGUGGGAAUAUAACUGCUGUAGGUGGUAUAGAAUCAUUACAUAUCCGUAACGCGACAUUUGAGUCCUUCAACGUGAAACUAUCAAACUCAGUAUGGAGAAACUUGCGUUACAUGACCAUCACAGAUGGAAACAUAAGCAGAAUCGACGGAGAGUUUGCCAAACAUAGUAGAAUUUCGUGCCUUAACUUAUCCUCGAACCAUAUCAACGCUAUUGAAGAUAGAGCGCUAGGAACACUGUACAAUUUGAGUAUUUUGGAUCUUUCGCACAAUAAUUUGACUGAACUUCCUAGUGUGAGGAAGGAGAGUGUUACUUUAGAUAUAUCGAAUAAUACAAAUCUCAUUUGCUCAAAACUAACAAAUACGCUCAUUAGCCGUCCCGAAAUAAUUUUUAUCAGCGAAAAUCAGACGUUUUGUAUCACAACCAAAGAUUACGAUUGGUUUCAGUCAGCAGAUAUUUUGCCAUUUUCUCAAGUCAAAGCUGGUCACGAGCUGCAGAAAAACUGCCACCGUAACUGCACUUGUAAAAUUGACAGGUACGUAUCCUUGCAAGGCAAAAGUUCAACUUACCAGGUGGCUGUAAAUUGCUCUGGGAAAAAGUUUCUCAGUUUGCCAGUGCCUCUGCCUGAUAAAACCAUAUCGUUGGAUGUUAGCCAUAAUAAUAUAACGUCCAUUAAAGAAAUGAGCGAUCCGUCCUAUGAAAAUUUGAGAUGGUUUUUUGCUGACGACAAUCAAAUUUCUUCAAUUCAGCCUUUGGAGGGAACAAAAUUUAUAAGCAAUUUUGAUACGCUAAGCUUAUCACGCAAUAGAAUCAAAAUUUUUGAAACUUACGUUCUGGAUAAUGUAGAAUUUCAAAGAGUAAGCAUAAACAUAAGAAAUAUUUAUUUAGGGUACAAUAAAAUUAAUUGCGACUGUAACACUAUGAAAUUAAAGGCGUGGUUGUUGUCAAAACUCAGCCACAUACCAGAUCACGAUAAUAUAAAAUGCGAUAAUAUUAACGUAAAAGUAACUGAAUUAGAUGCAUCGAAGAUGUGCCAAAGCUCACAAGAUUGGACCGACUAUAUUUACUAUAUUAUUACAGCUGAAGUUGUUUUGUUAGUAGGCUUAAUCACAAAAGUCUCCUACGACUACUGGGUGUUCAAAACGGCUGGUUAUCUGCCUUGGCCCGCCAACAAAAUGCCCAGAUUGCCUUGUGAUUGGUUGUGCGAAUAAAGCAGCUUUACAAUUUCUUAUUGGAUGGAUCCAAAUAGAAAAUGAUUUUUGUGCAAAAUUAUCAUCAACGACUUUUAAAUGAAUAUUUUUGCGAUGCUUUGUUGAAACACUAUUAGCUUAUGCCAAUGACUGUUAUAUAUUGUUAGAAAUGUAUGUUAUACAAUAAUUACAUAUUUUUAUAUUAUGUAUUAGGUAUGUAAAGUAGGUACAUAUUUUAUACCUACCUAUUCAAUUUAUGAUAGUAGGUACCUAGCUUAAAGGGUGCCUUAAUUUAAAAGUUUUUAUUUUUGCCUUCCAUGUAAAAAAGUUUUAUUUAACGCUGUGUCUAGCCUCCCGGCACCGGUAUUCAUAUGAAUCCCGGCUAUGACGCGUUUUCAGUGACGUCAUCAACAAGCACCGGUAACUGUCGCGGAUCCCGGCUAUUGCAAUACAAGAUGUUAAUAAUUAUUAUGUUCAUUGGUAUUGGGGCAGAAUUAUUAUGUAGGGUAAAAAAAGUACACGAAGUCGGGCGCGAUAAGCUUUUAUUUAUGGGAAAUAAAAUUAUGAAUUUUAUUAUAUGUACAUAGAAUACAUAGGCAUAAUUCGAACAUAAGUAUAAAUUCUGAAAUAAUCACUACAACUUUUUGGUAUCAAUUGUUCAUGCACAGCUUACACUCCAAACAAAUCCAAUUUUUAGAAAAUUUUGGUAUUUUUUUCAACGUUGUAAAUUUAAUAUGUCUCCAUAGAAGGCAUAAUAGCAUACAUACAGCAUUUCGCCGCGGAUAAUUCUGUGAUUUCGCUGAAUUUUACAGCAUUUUGGAAGUCUGUUUAGCAUUUGAUCUUGUACAGCAACGCCGUUAUUGUUCAGCAACAUCACACAGGGUUCCCCAAAAUUAGAGGUUAAUAUUUUAACUGCGGAUUCUACAUCUGAAGAGCAUAAGUUCCUAUAAACAUGGGUCCGAAAGUACCCUAUUUCAGUGUUAAAAAAGCUAUAGUCCCGAAUAAUGAAUGAAAAUAAACCAUACUAUUCGCUUUUUAAACCACUACUACGAAAAGUGGAUUAGCGAAGUAUUAUUACCAAUACCAAUAUUACAACAAGAAACAAUAAUACACAAAAGCUAUUCCGGAAUUAUUUACAGCCUCAAGCAGCAAGUGAAAUACGACUUUGAAUUUUGAAUCCAAUAGCCGGGAUCCACGAUAAAUCCCAGCGGUCGUUGAUGGACGUCAUUGAAAACGCAUCGUAACCGAGAUUCUUAUGAAUACCGGUGCCGGGAGGCUAGACACAGCGUUUAUUUAAUUUUAAGUUAUGUUUCAAUUUUUGAGUGAAACCUUAAUAUUAGAAUAGAAAUUGCUCAGUUUUAAAAAAUGUAUUUGAACAUUUUAAAAAUGUUAAAGAUUUAGUUACUUUAGUUAUGUAUUAAUAUUAUAUUGUUUUAAAGUAUAAUU